CGCCAUCUUGACAGAACCCUCAAAAUGGCAGAAAGAUGUGAGCAAGAAACCGAUUCCAAACUAAGAUUCCUGCUGUCUACUAUUUAAAACAGGACUCGCCAGUUUUUCCAUUAACGAGUGGUUAUGGGGUUGGUGCCCUGCGCGGCAGCAUACAGCCAGUAAAAUGGAUAUACCGACGGCCGUUUUCAACGCGGCGAGAGAUGGUAAGCUGAAACUUAUCCAGAAGUUGCUGAGCAACAAAACUCCUGAGGAGCUGGAGACUUUAGCCGAGGAGAAAACCCAGGGAGGAACUCCUCUUUUGAUAGCCUCUCGAUACGGACACUUAGAAGUUGUAGACUACCUACUUGAACAUUGUAAAGCAAAUGUUGAACUCGGGGGGGCUGUUAACUUUGACGGCGAGACCAUCGAGGGAGCUCCUCCGCUGUGGGCAGCCUCUGCCGCCGGUCACCUGCCUGUGGUGAAGACGCUACUGAAACACGGUGCCUCGGUGAACAACGCAACACUAACUAACUCAACGCCGCUCCGAGCUGCCUGCUUUGACGGUCACCUGGAGAUCGUCCGCUACCUGGUGGAGCACAAAGCCGACAUGGAGGUAGCCAACCGCCAUGGCCACACCUGCCUCAUGAUCUCCUGUUAUAAGGGCCACAAGGAGAUAGCCAAGUUCCUCCUGGAACGAGGUGCAGAUGUCAACCGCAAGAGUGUCAAAGGAAACACCGCCCUGCACGACUGUGCGGAGUCAGGCAGUCUGGACAUCAUGAAGAUGCUGCUAAAGUGCAAUGCUCGCAUGGAGAGAGAUGGAUAUGGAAUGACCCCACUCCUGGCUGCAAGUGUUACAGGUCACACCAACAUUGUAGAAUAUCUCGCCCACCAGCCUCGCACCUCCAGAGAGGAACGAAUCGAUGCACUUGAACUCCUUGGGGCUACUUUUGUGGACAAAAAACGGGAUCUUUUGGGGGCGAUGAGGUACUGGAGAAGGGCCAUGGAGCUGAGACAACCAGGGGACAAAUCUGGAUCCCUAGCUAAGCCUCCGCCUGGUCCUCCUAUCCCGGCCUAUGGCUGCGCACAGGAGGUGAGCACCGCAGAGGAACUGGAAGCCUUGAUCACAGAUCCUGACGAAAUGAGGAUGCAGGCCUUGUUGGUUCGAGAGCGCAUCCUGGGCCCAUCCCACCCAGACACCUCCUACUACAUCCGCUACAGGGGAGCUGUGUAUGCUGACUCUGGCAACUUUGAACGCUGCAUCAGCCUGUGGAAAUAUGCUUUAGACAUGCAGCAGAGCAACUUGGACCCUCUCAGUCCCAUGACAGCCUCCAGCUUCCUAUCCUUUGCAGAGCUUUUCUCUUUUGUUCUUCAAGACCGGGCUAAAGGCACCCUAUCAACACGUGUCACUUUCCAUGAUCUCAUGACUGUGCUGGUGAAAAGUGUGAGGGAAGUAGAGAGAGCGGUGGCGCAGAGGGACAACCCUCCAGAGGCUCCUCAGUUCACCAAAGCUCUUUCCAUCAUCCUGCACCUCAUCUUUCUACUUGAGAAGCUUGAGUGCAGCCCGGAGCAGGAGCAUCAGAAAAAGCACACAGUGUAUCGCCUGCUAAAGCUGAACCCUCGAGGACGCAGUGGCUUCACUCCUCUCCACAUGGCUGUAGAUAAAGAGACCACAUCUGUGGGCCGCUACCCUGUGGGCCGCUUCCCCUCCCAGGCAGUGGCAGCGCUGCUCCUAGAGUGUGGGGCAGACGUGGAUUCACGUGACAGUGAAAACAACACGCCUGUGCACAUUGCUGCUAACAACGGUUGUCCGGAGAUUAUGGCACUACUUAUGAAAGCCGGGGCUCACUUUGACGCUACUAAUGCACAGAGGAAGACAGCCUAUGAGCUGCUGGAUGAGCAGAGCAGCGGGCAUCCGGCCCUCUACCCACUGAACUACGUGACCCUUCAGUGCCUGGCGGCGCGUGCAAUUGAAAAACACAGACUGCCCUACAGGGGACUCAUCUCUGAGGAGAUGGAGGCUUUCAUUGAACUGCACUGACUUGCACUUCUGUCCCCCGAUGACCAACCCAGCACUAUUCUCCCUGUUGUCCACUUUGACUUGGCACAAACUUCCCACUCCCCACACCAUUCUCCUCAUCUGUGUCUCCCUUUGGCCUCUGCUUUGCUCCUGGCCCCACAAAACUUGUCAGACCAAACCAUAGCAAUAAACAUCUAUCCUGUGGUCAGUUAUCACUUAAUUCUAACAUUAAGUCACAUGGACUUAAAACAAAAUGUUGUUUUCUACUGCUAUUUAAAGCUGGGUGAAACUUCAAUUUGAAACUUCCUCUUUUUUUCCCCUUUAAAAGGAGACUUAGGCUACAGUUUGAUGGUGCUGGUGUGUGUUUAGUGGUGGCUGGACUGUAUGCAAGAUGUUUUAAUUGUACUGCAUCUGAUCAAACCUGCCAGAUAACAUGCAUGAAGAAUAGAUUAUAUGUAAGCUCAUUUGUGGUUUUGCAAAUUCAUUCAGAAAGGAAGUGUUUUGACUAAAUCAACCUCCCAAACUUGCUUGCUGGUAUUUUUUUUUUUUUGCUAGUCCGUCUUAUUCACAUAAACCAUCUGCUAUUUUUCUUUGAAAUUGGAAGGUGUUUGAAAUUGCAGUGCCAAAUGUCAGCCAUGGAGCUAUGUUCUGUUACAGACUGCAAUCUGGUGGCAAAAUGAAAAGCAACCAAGUUAUCCUCCUUAUUAUUUACGAGCAAAAGUAAAGACACAGGGAUCAGGAACUCAAAUGUUGAAAGGACAAAGAGCUUGUAUUUAUUGUUUGGCAAACACUCCCCAGUCUCCUCACAUGUUUUACCUUUGCAGUUUGUUGAUAUACCAAACAGAUUUACAUGGGAUUAUUAUCCAGUAUUUCCAUUUUAUUUUUACAGGAUAAUGGCUCAAACCUGGGGCGGCCUCUUCGAUAGGGAAAUGGUAUCCUUUUAAUUUAUGAAUGUUUUCUUAACAAUUCGGCCUUUGUCGAAUGAACACUUUUUAAACUAGAGCCCAAAGAUGUGCCUACAUCUCUUCUGGGUUAUUUCAACGUCGCCAAAGAUAUUCAGUUCACUCAGUCAAAGAAGCAUCUUCAGAACUAGGGCAUUUUGGGAAGAUAAAAGAGAUGUAAGCCCCUUUUUUAUUUUAUAUCUAUGGGGUUAAAGCCUCUCAUUAACUGUCUGAGAUCAUGUGUAAAUUCUGGUUUGGACUGAAUCUUCCCUUUAACCUCAGAUGCAGUUCACAGAAAUGGAACAGGCGGUUCCUGCGUCUUAGUCUUAUUUUAAUUCUUUCAUUUGUUCAACUUGUGUUAUCAUGAAUGUUUGUCAGUCAUUCGUCUGUGCUAAGCACCACCAAGUUGAAUGCACACCGAGAGGCUCUAAACCCAAAAUGGAAUUACAUUCAGGCUUUGAACUGAUGCUGCCUUUGUCUUUCUCAACUGAUUCAUUUAACUGAUGGUAACUCAAGAACAAAAGUGAGUUAGAGAUACUUGAAUAAAAUUCAGUAUCACACCAUAA